CACCACCUGCUGCACUUCACUGCACUUCACUGCACAACAAGCCACCGACAACCUCCAGGACCAAGCAAGCGAAACGAUCAGUCUGUGCCCUUCCUUUGACGCGCCGUUUCAUUGCCAGCGCCGACCAGUCUCACCGUCGACACUCGCUGCACAUAUUUUGCACUCAGUACCCUUGCAUCGCGCUGCGUUGCGCCUGUGCGGUGCGCUCAACACGCGACGGACAGCCAACGACGCCACUCCCCUCUCACCCAGCAUGUUUCUCAGUCGAGGGCGCCUGCAAAAUGCCCUUUGUUGAUGACGCCGCGCCGCCACCACAACACCCAACCUAGGCUCUUUGUCCCUGACGGAAGGGCUUCUUCUGGGCCUCGGGAACAAAGACAUCACUUCACGUCCGGGCCCCAGCGUCGCCGGCCUCCUUGUUCUCCAUCUCCUUGUCGGCCAUCUAUUUCCACCGCAACUCACUUGACAAAACGCGACGCCCACGACCCCCCGAAUUACUUGGACUCUUUCUCCUCCCGCAACUAGUCGUCUCACUCUCAUUCGACUUAAUCUCACCCAGAGAAUCUCCGUCUUGAGCGUCAUGCCUCCCAAAGCUCAGGGACGACGGCGUCAGCCCUCCUCCAAAGGCUCCAGAAGAGGCUCAGAUGCAUCGACCGGCUCUGGCUUUUCCAAGCCAAACUUACCAGGGCUCCGGGGAACGCCUAGUGCGCGCCGACAGUACUCCUAUGGCGCCGGCGCUGAACCCGCUCCCGCGCGGCAGGGGAGCAAGACCAAAGGUGUACUGGACCUGGGCAACGCCGUCCGCAAUGUCAUAGGCCGUCACGAUGAUGAGGAAGCGUUCGACUUGGUACGGACCCGUUCGAACAGUACCGUGGACCCAGAUGAGGAUGAGUUGGCCGGUGGUCCUGACAUGCAACCCAUGGCUGGGCCCCAGGGCCGCGGGCUGUUCCAGACUAUACAGAACGCCCUCAAUGGUUCGUCUAACAGCACGUAUGACGCCGACGACGCCCGCAGUUUCGGCAUGGAGAGCGACUACUACGGGGACGCAACGAUAGCAUCGACCCCUGGUGGCAUGCCGCCCCCUCCGCGGCCGAACCACUCUGAUGGCACUGGGCAGAGGCGGCAUCAGCCUCUAGGCAGCUCUCCGGAGCCAGAACCGAGGCCAGCGUACCGUCCCAGACUUGACCCAUCUAGGGGCAAGAACGGGUCUUCAAAAAAUCCGCCUGUGCGAAAUUUCGCCUUGCCGGACGAUGAGGAUGAACUAACCGCAGAGAGUGAGGGCGAGCGAGAUCCUUCCGCCAAGCCCAUCAAGCUCCGACACGGGGCAGGGCUUAACGCGGCGGCAGCGAGGCGUCAAGACUUCGUAUUAGAGAUCCCUGCCACUCGCAAUGGAAUCCUGGAGCGUCCCAAUCCACGUCAAACACGAAGCGUGGAUGAAGACUUCGAAGAAAUGAAACGCAAACUGAGCCGCGCCACACAGGCAACGGUGCCGUCGGGUUUCUUCUCGGACAAGCCGUAUCUCCCGCCCCACGGCGCAAACGGACGGCCAUCGCAACAGCCUCCAGAUCGGGGUCAGCAUACGGAGAAGCGACACAAAAACGUGACCUUUGCGGAGCGACGUCGAUGGCAAUUGCCAUGGAACCGGACGACCGAUCGAUAUGACUUCUCUGAGGGCAGCAGACCAGCUAUUAACUGGUGGCAGCUGCUCAAUCCGUGGACCCACGUCAAAGCCGUCGCCUGGGUCCUCCUAAACAUAGCUCAACGCUUCUUUGCCGCAAUUCAAGGCCUUGUUAGCGGGCGCCAACGUCGCCAUGACCAUCCACGAUUUCGCCCUCCGCUGUGGCAGCCUCUCGCCAGCUUCUGGCAACUUCUCCUUAGCAUAUGGCAACUCAGCGUCAGCAUGUGGCGCUUCGUCGUCGACACGGUGCAGUCUGUCAUCGACUUCAUAUACUCUCUUUUCCCGGCUGGGGCGCAAGAGCACUUUUCAUAUUACGCUGACUGGCUGCCGUACGCUUAUGGCAUCAUCAUUGCCGUGGCCCUUGGCAUCAUACUUUCGAGUGUUCGCUCCCAAACCUGGAGGCGCGGCGCCGGGGAUGACAUGUGGGAGCCGACCGACGGUGGCUCUCGCUGGUCGCUUCCUCGCUUUCCGUCUAUAUCCCGCGUCUCCGUGCCGUCCCUGUCGAUUCCUUCCCUGUCGAUUCCAUCCCUAUCGAUUCCGUCCCUCUCACUUCCUUCCAUGUCAUGGUCGUCGUCAUCACGCCGGUGGGAAGAUAUUAUCCAAGACGAUCUCAAUGAUAUAACGCCCGCAAAAGUCGAGCAGAUUCUGAAGAAGAUGGGUCGGAACAUGGACGCGCUUGGCUCAGCGGAUCAGCUUCACGAGACCGCUAUCAAGAGGCUCGAGACAAUCGUCCCCAGUGUUGUGCAUAUGGAACUGAAGGACGGCCGGCCCGUCGUCGCACCAGACUUCUACCACGCACUUAGAGACUUGAUGCGUCAGGAUGAAUUAAUACUGACAUUUGACAUGGAGCGCGGCGAUUUCGAUGCCACGUCUGAGCGGCAGUGGAAGGCGAUCCUGGCUCGCUUGAGCAAUGACCCAUCUUCAUCUACAAAUGGUGGUAGCAACAGCUCGGGGAAAGGCUCCUCCGCUGAGCCUUCAUCAGGGACAUGGGAGAGCUGGCUUAAGGAAAACCAGGCCAGAGUGCAGAAGAUGAUUGGGUCCGAAGCGCAAAACAAGACCAAGUCGGCAGAGACCGAGGGCAAGUCGGGCACCACGUAUCCCGACGGCAAGGUCGUGGGCCGCGACGAGUACAUGAAGCACCUGAAGAACGAGGUGGCGACGCUGCGGGCCGAUAUGCGGGCAGAAGUUGAGGAGAUGCGGCCGAAGAUGGAGAAGCUGGUUCGCGACGCCAUCGAACUCGCCAAAGGAGAAAAUGGCAUGACACGGGCCGAGAUCACUGCUCUCGUCAAUGGUCUCGUUCGCCGCGGCGUGUCGGAUAUCAACCUGCAGGCCGUCGCCAACGGCAAGAUCCACGCCCAUUGGGACGCAGACCUCAAGAACCAGGUCAACUACUUCUCCAUCGGCACCGGCGCCGUCGCCGACCCCAGGCAUUCCUCUCCGAUAUACGACCCCUUUUCCAGUCAGUACUUCUCCCUCGAGGACCAAAGGUACGCCAGCGUACACAAACCCCUGGGACCCCUCGCGGCCCUCAUGCCGUGGAAGGACGUGGGCGACUGCUUUUGCGCCGCCCGCUCGCGAUCCCGUCGCGGCAACCCGCACGGCGCCUCGCUCGCCGUGCUGCUCGCCUACCGCGUCAUCCCGCAGCACAUCGUCAUCGAGCACAUCCUCCCCGGCGCUACCCCCGAGCCGGGCGCUCGCCCCCGCGACAUCGAGGUCUAUGGCGACUUCCCCGACGGGGCGCUGCGGUCGCGCGUACGCGACUAUUCCUACACGCACUUCCCCAAUCCACCCACCUCCAACCUCGACUGGGACUACACGCCAGCCGACCUGCCCGAGCGGUUCGUCAAGAUUGCUCAGUUUGUUUACCAGGGCGCCGAGGUGCACGACGGCGUGCACGUCCAACGCCUCAGCACGGAGCUGCUCACGCUCGGUGCCGCGACGGACCACGUCGUCGUCCGCGCCGUCAGCAACUACGGCGCCAGGAACCAGACGUGCUUCUACAGGGUGCGCCUCUACGGCGAGAAUAUCGACCUCGCCGAGGCGGAUGCCGGGCGGCGGAUGAAGAACGGCGACGGCGGCCAUGAGGGGCUGCUGGGCGGUAUCUCGUGGCUGAAGCGCCCGUGGUGAGCGGACGGACGCGCCAGGGCGGUGCGAGGCUGGAUGCAGCAGAAGAAAGAAGUCUGUAAAUAGAAGCUCCCGUCGAGGGGCAGGCGGGCGGUAGGGAGACAGGCGCACGCAGGCUACGCGGGCACUCUGGAUUUGAUUGGGCUUUAUGUUGUUUUCGGUUUCGGUUUCGGUGAAUAAGGUGCUUCGGUGUUGCAUAGCCAGGAAAGACAAUCAAUGCAAGCUUCGUGAC